AUGGCAAGAGGAUUGAUCAAGCACACAGUUGAAGCUGGGGCAAGCCCUCGACAAGUUAGGCUAAACAUCGAGUUUGUAGUGUUCGAUUCCUUGUCGCCCUACGAUGCCAUCAUCGGGAAACCCUUGAUAUUCAGCCUCAGAGCCGUUGUUUUCCUGUAUCAUUAUUCACUAAAAUUCUCCAUACCUCAUGGCAUAGGAGAAUCUCGACGUCUUUGUCUCAAGCAUGAAGACAUGAAAUGGAUUGAUCCUGAAGUCGCUAGUCACAGAUUAUACAUAGACCCCUCAAUUCGACUGAAGCAGCAGAAACGCCGCCCCCUAAACCUAGAGAAGGAUGAGAUGCUAAGUAAGGAAGUGCAAAAGCUACUCUACAACGGAUUUAUACAUGAGGCCAAAUAUCCCAAAUGGAUUGCUAACUCGAACUUUAUAAAGAAAAAUAACGAAAAUUGGAGAGUAUGCAUCGACUUCACCAACAUCAACAAAGCUUGCCCAAAAGAUAAUUUUCUCCUGCUAAGGAUAGACCAAACGAUAGACACCAUGGCGGGACACGAGCUACUCAGCUUUAUGGACGCGUAUUUCGAGUGCGAUCAGAUCCCUAUGUAA